GCCCUUGAAAUACAAAAGAGGGUGUGGCACUUUGCUUUAGUUUGUUUACUGAACGGCAGAACUGAGACAGAGAAAACUCAAGUCUGUAUAUAAGCUUCAAUAUAAUUAUAAUCUACUUUCACCAGUGAUGCCAUUACAGAAUGUCGAUUGUCCAGAAAAUAAAUGAUGAAGUUUUCGUUUAUGUCAACGAAGAAGUUGGUUCUGGAGCUUUUGGAAUGGUUUUCAAAGGAAUGUACAAAAAUGAAGUGUGUGCUAUAAAGAUGCUUCACCAUGUUGCCACACCAUUGAAAAUCAAUUUUCCUGUUGGUCAAGGACAAGAAAAUGCAAUUCGUGCGUUUGGUUAUGAAAGCAUGGUUCUGGAAUCUUUUCAACAUCCAAAUGUUCUUCAACACUUGGCAACAACUAAGCAUCCAUCAGGAAAUACCAUGUUAGUAACAGAGCUGAUGGAUUGCAACUUGAGUACCUAUCUCUCUACACCUGAUCACUCGAGCUCUCUCACAAGUCAGUGUGAGAUUAGCCUCUCAAAGGAUUUAGCUUCUGGUCUUGCUUACAUCCACAGCAGGGAGAUCAUUCACCGCGAUCUUUGUGGCGUUAAUGUUUUGUUAAAGCGAAGUCAACCCUUUCCUGUAGCUAAGAUCUCUGACUUUGGAAUGUCCAAGCUACUCGAUCCCUCGAAAUUCAACACCACUAUUAGUCAUCGCUUGGGUUACCUACCUCCCGAGGCACUUCACGAGGAUGAUGAAGAUUAUGAUGAAACUCUAGACGUGUUCUCGUUGGGGGUGAUUAUGAUGCAGAUUGCUUGCAGAUUAGAAAACGUUAAAUCUGUAAGGGAAAGAUUGUCAUAUCUUGCAGAAAUUAAAGCCGGCACACACCUCCUUAAACUACACAUUAUGGCCUGCUUGCAAGAAAAAAGACCAUCAGCCGCUGUUGUCUGUGGACAAUUGGAGAAACAUCUGCUGUAUGGAGAUGCUUACAGACAGGAUUAUGAUCUUGCUACAAUCGGAGGAAAACGCCCAAUUUUCCACUCAGGUAAUGCAGUGACUCCACUAGCCACUCCACACACAACCACUCAGUCAGUUCAUGAGACGACAGCGACUGCAGCUCAGUUGAGUCAAGAGUGCUCGGAUGAAGCUCUUCUUCAGUUGUCUACCGAGAUUGCUGGCUAUGACAGAUACAAGCACAGGCUGGGCCUCAGUGAUGCUGAGAUUACUGCUAUCGAUCAGAGUCCUUCCACUGUUGAUAACAUCCCAGGGAGAUUUAACGCUGCUCUAAAAAAGUGGAAGAGUAAAAGCAUCGAUUUCCACAAUCCAUCGAAAUCAUCAGCUACCUACGGACGAUUAGUGGAAAUUGCCUCAGAGAUUGAGGACGGAGAGGCAGUUCGCAGCAUUCACAAGACCUGUGUGGAGCAUACCAUCACUUAUUUUCAACCAUAUGAGACGAUAGUGAUAGCGACUGCAGCUCAGUUGAGUCAAGAGUGCUCGGAUGAAGCUCUACUCCAGUUGUCUACCGAGAUUGCUGGCUAUGACAGAUACAAGCUCAGGCUGGGCCUCAGCGAUGCUGAGAUUGGUGCUAUUGAUCUGACCAUUGUUAAUAUCCCAGGGAGAUUUCACACCGCUCUAAAGAAGUGGAAGAGUAAAAAUAUUCUCGAAAUCAAUCCAUCAAAUUCAACAGCUACUUACGAUCGAUUAGUGGAGAUUGCUGCAAAGAUUGAGGACGGAGAGGCAGUUCGCAGCAUUCACAAGGCCUGUGUGGAGCAUACAUGACUGGAGGUCAUGGAUUAGUCAACACCAUCAUACACUACCAACACUUAGACACUUAGGUAGGGCUGACAAUAUGAAAAAUGAAAUUCAACGAAGAAGUCUCAAACUUGUGAUAUAUACUCUACUAUAUGAUAGUAAUACAGAUGCACCUUCAAAUCCCAGUUACCGCUACAAUUUGUCUUGCAAUGGUGCUGCUUAUUUCACAAAAUUUACCUGAAAGUUCAAAGGUCAUGAUGGGCUCUAUAAAGUGUCAUUUUUUGAAAUCUUAUCAGAGCUUACCUCACUGUUUUGAUUCUUAUCUACUACUGGUACCAACUAGGAACAUAUUAAUCAGCUGAAAACUGGGAAAGAAUCUCACAGGUAGGUAUUUCAGGGCUAGCAGCAUAUAAACAAUUUUAGUAGGUCAAGCAUUUUGGUGAUACACUGGAAAUGUGCAGGUUCCCAGGUGGCCCUUAGGGUCCCAAUGUAUUGAUAUGUCCCUCAGCACUGUGCUUAGUUAAUAUAGUUUGUUUCGAACACUUCUACCCAUCUGUGAAAAAUGUACUAUGAUCGUAUGCAAUAUAGUCUUCUGUAAGUCACAGUAUAAGCCCUAAUCUAUUGAUUUUAGAAGCUUUAAAGCUGCUGUACAACUCAGUGAUCUCUAUGGAUUACUUUAAAACUUAAGUUUCCGUCUUCUUUAGUGCUUAGUCUGAUUUUUUAUCAUUUAUACACCACAUACAGUGUACGAAUCCCUUAUACCUAUACUGGCUAGCCACAGAAUAUGUCUAUAGGGUAUACUAUGUUAGAGAAUUACUUGUUACUAUGUGAGUAACUUUUGAGCACUCUAUAAGUUAGCUGUAAUGAUUUAUUGUAUAUUAUUUUCAGAUAAAUGGCUACUUAUGGUGAAUUAAU